AACAUUUGUUAACAUAAAAACUUGAAUAAAUGAUAUUUUUCUAAACUGGAUUUAAAAUGAUAAUAACAUUACACUCAUAUUAAUUUGAAAGAUGUUACCGACAUGCACUAUAUAUAUAGAGAGAGAUAUUUACAUAUAUUAUUCGCAGUGGUUUCAAAAUUCAACAUUCGAUUUUGUUCAUUCUGAAAUUUCAGUUGAUCUUUUUUUUUCACCUAGUAAUUCAAAAUACAUUCAACUUUUACAUAUUAUAAUAAUUUUAUUUAGCAAAAUUCAACAUUUUAUUUUUACUGAUUAAUAAUUUUUUUUUUGAACUGAAUUAAUAAUUAAUUUUUGCUAUAUCUAAACUAAAUAAACUAUAUAUUUAUUUAAAAUACAGAAUAAUAAAUUUUGUAUAAAACUGAAAUAAUUUAUUUAAUAAUGUAUAGUAAAAUAAAUAAUCUUAAAUAACUAUAUUGAUAUGAAAAUAUCAAAAACUUCUAGAAAUUGACAUGCGGCCUCGAUGGUCCAUUUUUGUUCAACAUGUUAAAACGUUUUUAAUAACAAAUAAUCUUUAUCGUCAAAUUUCUUAUUCAGCAUGUUAGUUAUAAUGAUUCAACUUUUAUUCAACACAUCAACUGUACCUAGUCUACGCAAUGAAGUGUUGUAUAGAUAAGAAUAGCAGAUUUAUUACCAUAAAAGACAUACGCUAUUUACUCACUAUGUUGAAAAAAAUCCAAAAUAUCAUCUCCCACUUUCUUUGGUCAUCCUUCUAUAUAUAACACAACCAUACUCUCCAAUUCUCUACAAAGCACUGAAAAUACAGAAAACAAAACAUAAAUUAUCCCCCAAAAAAAUACAAAAACAUAAAGGCGAGAUAGAGAUUUUACCUCUUGCUUGCUUGUUGUGUGUAUUCAUACAUAAUUGUUUUUUUUUUCUUUUGUAACCAUGGAGAGUGACAGAACAAGCUCCUCCUCGUCACCAAAAGGGCAGGGAGUAAACUUCUCGGCCCCGAGAAGCUUUGUUGAAAAAUUGAGAUCGAAAUGUAAAGAAACUUUCUUCCCCGAUGAUCCAUUUAAACCGAUAUCGCAAGAGCCAAAUGGUUUGACAAAAACAAAAAAGACAUUGGAGUAUUUUGUUCCAAUCUUUGAGUGGCUCCCAAAAUACAAUCUGCAAAAGCUAUGGUACGAUUUGCUUGCGGGAAUAACCAUAACCAGCCUUGCCGUUCCUCAGGGUAUUAGUUAUGCUAAUCUCGCCAGUAUCCCUCCCAUCAUUGGCCUAUAUUCAAGUUUUGUGCCGCCAUUUGUGUACGCCGUGUUAGGAAGUUCGAACACUCUCGCGGUGGGAACAGUCGCAGCAUGCUCCUUGCUGAUCUCUGAGACAUUUGGUGAGGAUCUAUUGAAAAAGGAUCCUAACCUCUACCUUCAUUUGAUCUUCACCUCCACUUUCAUCACUGGUGUAUUCCAAUUUGCUUUGGGCUUCUUCAGGUUGGGGAUAUUGGUUGAUUUCCUGUCACAUUCGACCAUAACGGGCUUCAUGGGAGGAACAGCUAUAAUCAUUCUCCUCCAACAGCUUAAAGGUGUCUUUGGUAUAGUCCACUUUACGCACAAAACUGACGUUGUUUCUGUUCUCCACGCACUCUUCACCCACCGUGAUGAGUGGAAGUGGCAAAGUGCACUUGCUGGGCUCUGCUUUCUUAUUUUCCUCCAAUCUACUCGAUACAUCAAGAAAAUAAAACCAAAGCUAUUUUGGGUAUCAGCAAUGGGUCCAAUGGUGGUCGUCCUUGUGGGUUGCCUAGUUGCUUAUUUGGUGAAAGGGACAGAACAUGGGAUCCAAACAGUUGGGCCUUUAAAGAAAGGACUAAAUCCUCCUUCCAUCCAAUAUUUGACCUUUGAUGCCAAGUAUCUACCGUUGGUUAUUAAGGCUGGAAUCGUCACUGGGCUCAUCGCAAUGGCUGAAGGGAUAGCGAUAGGAAGAAGCUUUGCUGUAAUGAAGAACGAACAAACGGACGGGAACAAAGAGAUGAUAGCAUUUGGUCUUAUGAACAUAAUUGGCUCCUUUACUUCUUGCUAUUUGACAACUGGGCCAUUUUCAAAGACAGCAGUGAACUACAACGCGGGAACAAAGACACCAAUGUCGAAUGUAGUGAUGGGUCUUUGCAUGAUGCUUGUGCUUCUUUUCCUCGCGCCUCUAUUCAGCUACACACCACUCGUUGGUCUCUCAGCCAUCAUUAUGUCAGCCAUGUUAGGCCUCAUCGACUACGAGGAGAUGUACCAUCUCUUCAAGGUUGAUAAGUUUGAUUUCCUCGUCUGCAUGUCCGCGUUUUUCGGUGUUUCCUUCCUUAGCAUGGACUACGGCCUCAUCAUAUCCGUUGGGCUUUCCGUCGUGAGAGCGUUGUUGUACGUCGCACGGCCCUCGACUUGUAAAUUGGGAAGAAUACCAAACUCGGCUAUGUUUCGAGACAUAGAACAGUACCCUGGUUCUGAGGAGAUGUCUGGUUAUGUCAUUCUUCAGUUGGGUUCUCCUAUCUUUUUUGCCAAUAGUACGUACGUACGUGAAAGGAUUUUAAGGUGGAUUCGAGAUGAACCUGAAGACGUCCAGUUCCUUCUCCUUGAUCUCUCUGGUGUUUCAAGCAUUGACAUGACAGGGAUGGAAACACUGCUUGAAGUGCGGAGAAUCCUUGUAUCAAAAGGCAUCAAGAUGGUGAUAAUAAAUCCAAGAUUUGAAGUCCUAGAAAAGAUGAUGUUAUCGCAUUUUGUAGAGAAGAUAGGAAGGGAGUAUGUGUUCUUAUCCAUCGACGAUGCGGUUCAAGCAUGCCGAUUUAAUCUUUCCACCUCCAAAUCGGAACCGUGUUCCUAGUUAUUAAUUAGUUAAAGUUUCUAGUAAAAGUCGUAUUGGGUUGUGUAGCUUUAAUGUAAUGUGGUCGAAACAAUAACUAGUUUCAGUUAGACCACCCUAUGUAUGAUUGCUCUUAUCCCAUUUGUAGCACUAAGAAAUCAAGAGGGAAAUAUUCAUAAUCCAAGUGACUCAAGUCUUGGUUGAGCCGGACGUUAUUUUUUA